GUGGAGGCUGCCUGGGGUUGCAUGUCUGCCUGGAUGGUUUCGAGGAGAACUGCGUCUGCCUGCCGAACGGCGAUCGACCUGCAGCAGUCCUAUCUGACCGAUUGUGGUCGCUCCUGCUGGAUGAAGCGUGCUCAUUUCGAUUGCAUCGAUCCUCAAUAGACCCACGAACGAAUCGAUAUGGCAUCCAACCUGCAUCAGUGGCUGGCAUACGCACACGAGGAAGUGGCCCGGGAGGGGCUCGACGGGUGCACCGUCGAUGCGCUGUUCAAGUGUCUCAGCAAGCGCAUCGAAUUGGCUUCCCAGAACGCACCGGGCUUUGUCCUCGAUCACUUCCAGCAGAGUCUGGUCUUUUCACAUUUGACUAAAUCCCGAGGGAUCUUGUUCUUUGUGUGUCCGUCCAACCAUCCAGAGGGCUCUUUUGCCAAAGCUCAUGAUCAAAAGGCUACGGUGGAAGACUCUGCAUUGCCAAAGGAGCCUGCUAAAUUGUCGGGCCCGCAGACCACCCCAAAGUCCACACCACGACGACCGGCAGGCAAAGCGAAAGCAGGCCCCUCCGCCACCAGAUCCAAAGGAUCUCGCACAGCCAAGCGAUCAUCCAAGCGAGCUGCCUCCGAUGGCGACUCCGAUGGCUCUGUUGCUGCUGAGUCGGGCAGCGGUGAUGACGGCAACGACAAUGGCAAUGACGGGUACGACGACGGAGCCUCGGACCGCGAGGAACAGCCCGCCCAGCGACCCUCAUCGAGUCAAGCAAAGAAACUGGCAACCAAUGACGAGCUUCCGAGGCCGGACGCCAUCCCGGUGGAUUCAGAAAUCCUGCGUCAAAUGUCUUUGUCUGCGGUACAGGACACAUACGGAGCCAGCCUGAUACUACGAGCCCCUCGGAAGCUGAUCGAGCUUGAAUGCUUUGGCGGCCGAGAGCCUGCAUCCAAGGCCGUGUCAAACCAUCUUCGUGUCUUAGCUCUGAUUUUGAAGGGCAGAGCCAACGGAGUCACCCAGGUCGAGCUGUCCAGGAUGAUCAAUAUGACCCCAACCAGCACCUACGCAAUUAUCAAGCCUUGGGUGGAUGAGAAAAUCAUAUACAAAGUUAAGGUAUCGCUGAAGGGCGUGACUAAAACCAACCUAUUGAUUCACCACAAGUUCAUCCACCAAAAUGACGCUUAUCAGAGCUGGCAGAUCGCCGUGUCCUCCAGCCAUCACGAUCCGGCUGCUCGCUUGUCCUCGUUUGAUGGGGCAACGAGCUGCGGGAGCGAUCGCGUUCAACUGGAGGCAUGGCGAUGCCAAGUCACACAUUUGCUCAGUGCUGCAAAGAACCAAGUGCUCAAUGCCUUGGAUCUCUUGCAGCUAUCAAAUCUCGACGCAAGCCAAAAGCUCGAGCGCCGGUGGUUUCUCCGACAGAUCGUGUGCAUGCAACGUGGUGGAUACGUGCAGCUGAUCAACAUCCCAAAGCGAGAGAACGGCGAAAUUGUGCACGGAUACCAGCGAUGUGUGAGGUUGUGCAAGCCGUACAUCCCACUUGAGGCAGCUGCCGAAACUGGAGCAUCACCCGCCAGCAAAACACUCUCCAAGUACCAAAAGGAUCAGCAGAGCACCGAUCCUGAUCGAGACUUGAUCAUCGGCAAAGGUUCGAUCGCACCAGAAAUGCACGUCGAAUGGCAAGUCUUCCACGUGAUAGAAGCUUCAGGCGUCGCGGGCGCUAUCGCAGCGGUUAUCACCAGAUCCCUCAACAACCUCGGCGACAAGAUCAUCGAGCGCAUUCUCUUCAAACUGUGCUCUCCCGUCGAGAAGAAGAACCCAAACAGUGCGCCCGUGAUCCGUGUUGGCGAAUGGUUUCGUCGCGAGCAUCGCUACAGGUACUUCACCCGCGAGGCUUUCGAAAAGAAGAAGGACUCCUCGACAGACAUCCAGCCGAACGAGUGGGACCGCAUCGGGGCUUUUGUUCCCUCCAUCUUGGAGAAACGCAAGAUGGAGCAUCGACUUCUCGAUGUCACAGAGGAUGGUUCUGAGCAGUUGACCACACCAAAAAAGAGUCGCAUCGACGAAAUGGAUCCAACAGCGACAGCGUCCUUGGAGCUUAUGAAAGAGGAGCCAAGGAUUGGAUGCCAAGCAUGCCACAGUAUCGGCGUCAGCAGGCUGAUAACGUGCAACCACUGCUCGAGUCAGUACCAUUUUUCUUGCUGCAAUCCUCCGCUCAAGAGUUACCCAACGUCUCUGUGGUACUGCAGCAAGGAUUGUGGGUCCAAGGCAACGCUGCCUUCGAAUGUAUUGACUUUCGAUAGCAGUGUCGAAGCUGCGGCCAGCGUGGCCAGCCCAUCAGCAAGCCAGCGCGUCAGAGGAAGUUCGCAGCUCAACAUCACCCAGCUGGAGCGUCGGCAGCUUCUACUUGAGAUCAUUCAAGAGCUGGAAAUCGUCGAAUGUGGUACCCGCUUUGAACUGUACUAUAUGGAGCAGUAUGCCAAGAAGCACGGCAAGGAGCUUGGCUAUCGAAUCGAUCGAGCAACGUUCCGGCGCCUUGCUGCCAGUAUGGAGCAAGACGGUCAACUCAAGGUCUAUAAUGUGCAAAUUCCGCGCCUCAACGGAAAGCACUAUUUCAAGAUGCUCCUGAUCCGCAACGACAUCGAUACAGGUUCCGAGCGGGUCCGCGAGUAUGUCCGCAACCUGGUCAACCGGAAUGUCGAGAGCUCGGUCAGCAAGAAAGUCAGGCUGCAAAGUCUCCCUGUCGACGACGAUCUUGUUGUGGAGCGGGUCUUUGUGUCUCAACAGCCCUUGACCGUCACGACCUGGCAAACAGGCCAAGAGGACCACGAGCCUUUGGCGAACCAAAGCGACAAUCACGAUUCGCUCGCUAGCCAGUCCAGCCAUAAGCAAGAUGAUUACAGUGGCGACACCUAUUGGUCCAACGUCGCUGCGACCUAUGGAUGGAUCAGUGCCAAGUAUAUCCGCGCCAAGGUCUUCCAUCGAUUUAUCUUAUCGAUGAUUCUCGAUCAGCGAGCCGAGGACACUUCGCCCGACAAUGGCAGCGGCGCCUCGGCGUCUUCAAAGGGUAGUCGAGAGUACAAGGGCAAUGGCGUACUCGACAUCGCCAAGAUCAUCCGCGAGAUGCCUUUGGAGACGAUGCUUUCGCUUGUCAGCAUAACGGUGGACCACCCACCUCUCAGGGAGUAUAUCCAGAGCGCAGAGAAUCGCUCCAAGAAAAUGUGCGAGGUUGAUCCCAAAGUCCUGAACUUUGACAGGUCCAUCACCAGGAUCAAGUCCAACAUUCGGCUCGUCAUCGAGACCCUAGAAAUGUUCAAGGUUCUGGAGCGGAGCGCGAAGCCUCUUGCAAGCUAUGCGGUUGAGGGAAACAACCAAGUGGCUGAGUUUCGGCUUUGCAAGAUUGUCCCUGUAUACAACUAUACCGAUCCCAACCAACCCUACCUCAAGUCGUUCGAUAUUGAUAGUUACCAAAGCUUCCAGGGCUUUUGGUCAUAUUUGCAAUUCAUUUGCGAAACCUUCGCGACGCGAACAAGGAAACGAGAACAUCCGGCAACAAGCCCCAAGUCGCAUAAAGGCAUGCCCCUCCAUGAAAUCGUCCAAAACCCACGCAACUGGAGACAGAGCUACCAGUUCGGCCCGCGGGAAAAGGAGUGCCUGAAUGGUUACAUUAUCUACGAUGGCGAAGUCCCCAAAGUGCCGCUCAACAACGAUUCCACUUUGCUCAAAAUCGCUCGCGACCACAGUCUUCCGCUUGAAAAGAUCAAGUUCUAUUAUCGCGGCGUCAUCGACGACUAUCAGAAGCGCCUCAAUUUCCAGGAACGCCAGGCGAACCAGAACAAAAUAUCGCGACUGGCCAAAAUAAUGCGCCGGUCGGUGGCCCGCAAGGGCAAAGCCCAUGGCCGCCGCGCCAAACGCAAUGCCGGCGACAGCAACAGCGACAGCGACAGCAGUGGAGAUGAGACGUGGAGAGACAACGGGCACGGCCAUUCCACUAGCAGCCAUACCAAAGACGAGGCCAGCGAUGUACUAUCGCCGCGUCGCUCGACUCGGCAACGUGGACUCAAGUCCCGGGAUGACCUGGUCAACAUCGAUGCCUUUGAAAGUCGUCCGAUCCAGGAGCAUGUGCCCGUGAUCACAGACGUACAGACUUUCAACAAAUCGCUCCUGUUCAAAAAGACACGAUAUCGCUAUCCCUGGUCCGCCGAAGAGGACAAUCUGCUCAUCUACGGAUACGUGAUCAUGGCUAGCCUGAAAUGCAAGAUGUCGUGGCACCCUCUCCGCACACUUUUUUUGGAGUGGAACAAGAGGCAUAACACAUCACUAGCGCCGUUCCUGGCCCCAGAGGAGUAUCUGAUCCAAGGCGGCGGCGAUUUGAACAGCGGAGCAGAAGUUGGCAAGCGCAAACUCCAGGGAAACGCCGAUACUCUUCGGCGUCGCCUUAUCGUGCUCCUGAAGUCCACCGAUCUGGCCAAUCGAAUCCAUAGGCUCUCAGAGUAUUGGAAAAUCGCAUAUCUCCGUGGUGUCGGGGCCGGAAAGUUUGAGAUAAUCGACGUCACCGUUCCCAAGACCGUACCUCAUCUGCAGCUCAUCGACUAUGUCAUGUUUCUCAAGGCCAAGUGGGAAAGCGAAGAUGGGACCGACGAAGGCGCAUCUGCGCUUCGAUACUCGAGUGUCUUGAAUGAACGUAAUUACUUGCCCGCAACCGUGGCCUUGUUGGAAGAGCAAUUCCAAGUUGUUAAAUCAGUUGGUUUCGCGGGCGAGUCCACGGUCGAUGUUGUCAACAAGCCUGUCUUUGCGCUUGGACAGCAGAACAGCGUCCGAAGCCAGCUGCUGGCAAUGUAUUCGCAGAGCAUGUCCGGAUUGCUGUACUAUUCCGGCCUGGUUGACGACACGACCCAGCACGAGCUCCCUGAUCUGGACACUGACAUCAAUCUAGAGUCCAAGUUGAUCAAAGCGGUGUUGAUGAGCGUGCUUGCUACUCAAGACUCGGAAUACGAUUCCGAGAAGGCCAUGAUGAUCCUGGCUCGAUAUUCAGACCAGCAGCUGGCCAAUGCGACGUCGAUGCUGCACGAACAUGGAUCGAUUUGUCGAAGCAAGCUUAUGGGACCGCUCAAGCGGCUUCCUGGUCGAGGCUACCAAAUCUCAGAGAAGUUCUUGCAUGUUCUCACUGGCGUGUGGCCCAAGACUUUGUUCCAGGAAGCGAAGGAGUUUUAUGCACAGCUGCAAACUGAGCUACCCAAGCAGUCAAACACAGUGUAUCGAUUCGAACCCCUGCUCAAAGAUGGCUGUAUGAUGGUUCUGCUGGACUUGAUGGGAUAUCGCCGCCUCACUCCCAAGAUCAUGUUUGAGAAGUCGCCUAUCGAUAGCAACAUGCGCAUGACCGGACGCCGUUCUAUGUAUCGACUGGCACAUGAAGAAGAUUCGGUCGUACCCAUAUUUAGCGACCUGGACGACGACACAGCAAUGUCUGGCAUAUCGAAGUCGCAGCCAUGCUCGCAAGCCUAUCCUCCUAUCGACGAGAGCCUCCUCGAAAGCCAGGAUCCAAGCGAUCCUGCGAUUGACACGAUUCGACGCUGUGGCCAAGAGAACGCAGAGCAUGUGGCUGAAGUGGAGUGCGCAUUGUACCUCUACGCAACCAUAGUCCAAGCGGGUCGGUUGGGUAUAUCCUUGCUCAAUAUCAAGAGGCAAGCUCAGCAAGACUCGGUCAGACUGAGCGACUCUCAGCUGCGACUUCAGGUUGACAAGCUGUCGGCUUUGCGCCAUCCGAGGAUCGACAUAUCGAUUGUUGCCAAAGUGGGCUACCUGGAGGAAAGAUAUGUGUCACAUCGAUAUCUCGAUGCCUGGACGAUCAGCAUCAACUGCGCGGAUCAAGACUUGCAGAGCAUGUGGGAGAAGCAGGUCCAGCGUGGUCAAGAUGCCCUGGAUUACGUCCAACCCAAGCUGUGGACCAGCAUCAAUGGGCAGGAGAACUCGAAAAUCCUGCGGAUGUGCCUCCAGACGCUGUCCGGCGCCAUAUUGCGGUCGCCGGGCGUGCUGCAGUCGCAGCUUUAUCAGUGGUUUUCCACUGUCCUCACAUAUACCGAGAUGCUCAAGCUGCUCGAUAUUCUCGUCGACCAAGGCGUUUGCCGGCGACAGUACCUGCUGAAGCCAAAGGCGAUCCAGAGCAUCCUGGACGACGACGAUGAUGAUGAUGGCGACGGGCGUUUCUAUCGAGAAUGUGAUGCCAAUGUUAUUGACGAGAAUAAGCUCACAUGCUACUAUCCCGAGGAGAGCUUCUUCCUAUCCGUACAACAUGAAACGGGACACCUUGCUUGAGUCUCCGGCCAUGCUCCUCUCGAUCUUGAAUACAUCUGUGCAUCCAAUGGGCUCAUGUUCAUCGCCGUCCGCUGCUUCGCAAGUCUUGUCGAUAUUGUCGCUGCGAUCAGGUGCGCGAAACAUCGUGGUCUGAUCGCCAAGCGUUUUGGCUUGCACCGCACGUCAAACUCCUUCGCCCGGCGCACAGGCAUAGGCACCACCGCAGAGUCACCGCCCCGAGGCAUUUGCUCGCCAACGAGGAGCGUCGUGGGC